AUGAGUGGUCGUGGUAAAGGAGGUAAAACACGUACCAAGGCGAAAAGUCGAUCAGCUCGUGCCGGAUUGCAAUUUCCGGUGGGUCGUGUACAUCGAUUACUGCGCAAGGGCAAUUAUGCAGAACGUGUUGGUGCCGGGGCGCCGGUCUACUUGGCUGCAGUACUAGAAUAUUUGGCCGCCGAAGUGCUUGAAUUGGCUGGGAACGCGGCGCGAGACAAUAAGAAAACCCGUAUUAUUCCUCGACAUCUGCAAUUGGCCAUCCGAAAUGAUGAAGAAUUGAACAAGCUUCUCGGUGGAGUAACCAUAGCUCAAGGUGGUGUUCUGCCCAACAUUCAGGCGGUUUUGCUUCCGAAGAAGGCAGAAAAACCGAAAGCCUGA